AUGGCCCUGCUAGGCAUUUCCCUGAUUGUCGCAUCCGUUGUCCUCCUCAUCUUGCGCCGGCCAGAAUGGCUUCAACAGUUCUGGAGGAGUCUCUACCGUCAAGCAUCCCAGAACCAACUGCCCCGUCCACCGCAGCGCCCUAUACCACGCAUAGAGGAACCUAAGCCAGAAGAUAUUGACAAAGUCAGCGAGAAGAAGAAGAAGAAGGAGGAUGAGGAAAGGAUAGCGGUUCCGGAGAAGAAAGUAGUAUCUCCUCCACCGCCACCACCACCAACAGUGGUGAUCCAGGAGAAUGGCACCACCGAUAAUCCCGAUUCUCCUCGCGAGGAGCAGACGACUCCCAAAGCCUCGGCGGCCAACCCCAGCGAUUCGGUCCCGGCAUUCACCCUCUCUGUCCCCGAGCUACCCCAACAACAACCCAAGGUUGAGGAGCCGGCCGUGACAUCAUCAUCACUCUCAACCUCAACCUCGAGCUCGAGCACAGCCAGUCCCAGCAUGAUGAUGCCCCCUCCUCCCUUGCCAGUUCCCGCUGCUGCGCGUGGUGGUGGUGGCCUUUCCGCCAACCUCACCCGCCAACCCGGCACCUCCACACUUCCCCUCCCGAACCGACCAUCCGGUGGCCCCCUCCCGAAUCGGGGCCCCGGAGGCGGAGGCGGAGGCGGAGGUGGAGGCUCAGGCGGUCUCUUCCCCCCUCCCACCCACAGCACCAAACCCGCCAAACCCUCGCGCGCCGUCGUCCUCACACCAGGCCACUCCCCUCUCGACUGGGCGCGGCUAUCAGGCCAUCCGACCGCAGACCUGCGCGGCCUACCCAAGGAGACGCCUUACCUGCGCGUGACGCCGAGCAUCCUCAAGAAGAUGACGGGCCGCAAGGGUAAAGAUGCCUGGAUGGUGCUGGGCGGAAGGGUGUACAACAUCACUCCCUAUAUCCCUUUUCACCCAGGCGGCGAGCCGGAGCUGCUCAGGGGCGCGGGCAGGGACGGGACCAAGUUGUUUGGCGAGAUCCAUCCGUGGGUGAAUUACGAGGGCAUGUUGGCUGCUUGUUUGGUGGGGAUUUACGUUAGUGAGGAGGAUGGGGAGGCUGCGCUUGCUGCUGCUGCUGCGGCGGCGAAGAGCUCGGGAGCUUCAACUGGAGAGGGUAUGGACGAGAUGGAUUAG